CGUAAUUACGAGGAAGUCGCGUUGACGGGAUGUAAAUAAAGAGGCUUCAGCGUUGGCUUGAGAAAACAUGAAAUAGCAGCAGGGUAAACUCCAUCCAGUUUCAUUCCCAGCCAUGGUGUGCUGCCGCUCCAGCUCCAGACUCUGCUCUCGCUCUUCAGCGUACACGCUGGCACUUGGCCUGGGCUUCGUAACGUUAGGGACCAGUCGCAUCCUGCUGCUCAAAUUCUCUGCCAAUGCUGAGAACAAGUAUGACUUCCUCCCAGCAUCUGUCAACCUGCUCGCUGAAGCGCUCAAACUGGUCUUCUGCCUGGUCAUGUCAGUCAGAGUCAUAGUCCAAGAGGGACGAUCAUGUAAAGAGUUGGGCUGUGCCUCCAGCUCCUCCUUCCUCAUCUCCCUUAAGUGGGCCGUUCCCGCCUUCCUCUACUUCAUGGACAACCUCAUCAUCUUCUAUGUGAUGACCUACCUGCAGCCUGCCAUGGCGGUGUUGUUUUCCAACUUUGUCAUUCUGACCACAGCUGUUCUGUUCAGACUUGUGCUGAAGAGGCGUCUGUCCUGGGUCCAGUGGGCGUCGCUGGUGAUCCUCUUCCUUGCCAUCGUUUCCUUGACAGUAGGAUCAGGGUCUAGCCAGAACUCCAUGGCGGUGCCGGGCCUUCACUCGAACCCUCUCUCCACCCCCUCCAACUCCUGCCUGCUCUACACGCAGCUCCUGGAGCAGAUGAGGAACAGCAGUGCCUCUGAAUCAUGGACAUCGUUGAUGCCGGGUCAGGCGUGGAGGGACGAGAUAGCGGAGAAACUUCGAUCUCUGGGCGUGGGUCACAUCCUGCUCCUCUUCCAGUGCUUCAUCUCCGCCAUGGCCAACAUCUACAACGAGAAGAUUCUCAAAGAAGGGGAUCAGCUCACUGAGAGCAUCUUCAUUCAGAACAGCAAACUAUAUGCCUUUGGUGUGGUGUUCAACGGUCUGACCCUCGUCCUCAGCACCGAGGCCCGAGGCCUCACCGUUCACUGCGGCCUCCUGCAUGGACACAACGUUUACUCCCUGGGGCUGGUGCUGGUCACCGCUGCCCUAGGUUUAUCUGUGGCCUUCAUCUUAAAGUUCAGAGACAACAUGUUCCACGUGCUCACUGGCCAGAUCACCACCGUCUUGGUCACGGGCCUCUCCCUAUUCCUCUUCAACUUCCGCCCCUCGCUGGACUUCUUCCUCCAGGCCCCCGUGGUCCUCCUGGCCAUCGGCAUCUACAACGCCAGCCGGCCCAAGGACCUGGAAUACAACCUGCAGCAGGAAAAGCUGCGGGUCAUUAAUGGAGAGGUGUUCGAGAGGUCCAGAGGGGACGGCGAGGAGCUGGAGCUUCUGAGGAAGACCAACACGGAGAGCGAGUCCGAGGCAGAGUCCAUUUAGAUCAGAGAUACGGCUCGACCACAGAGCGGAGGACUCAACUGCUGCUGACGUUCAGCUGGGCAGAGACAGUCGCACGCUCUCAACGUCUUGGUUGAUGUGUUUAUUGUAACUGUCAGCGGGUAAAAACGACAGUUUUGAGGGUUUGUGAGACAGAUUCAGCAGGGACACCUUUGACAGCUGGGGCUAUAUUGUAUAUUUUGAAAUGUGCCUGUCAGAGUGAAACAGCUUGUUGCACUGUAUGUUUAUGUGUAUGUAUGUAUGUGUGUGUGUGUGUGUGUGUGUGCGUGUGUGAGCGUGCGUGGGUGUGUGUAGGGACAUAAGUGGCAAUACGCUAUCAAAUGGGAACAUUGUUUGUAAAUCAUCCUUCAGUGAUUCUAACUGGAUGUGGUGGUGUCUGGCUGCUCAUCAGCGGCCACAUUCCAUGCAAGUUUAUUAUUUAAAAU